AUAAUUCUGAUUUUUGAUUGAUUGAUCAUGUGUGUAUAUAUAUAUGGAAACAAGUAAAAACAAAAACGGAAAUUAACUUUCCAUUUUUGGGCAAGAAAGUCUUUCUCAUUUUUAACGAAUCAAAUCUUUGCUUGGGUCAAUGUCCAAACACUAUCCCCAGUUCUUUAUUCACGAAGCGAAUCUGGAUAGCCUCUUCUCUCCACCGCCGGAUUCAGCCUUCUCCCUGACUUCCUCCGAGCUUUGUCUGCCACCAUUACACACGUCAUGUAGUCUCCUUCCUACAGAAACCGAACUCUGUGUAAGGAUGAGUUCCUCAAACUUGACGACGAUCUCUUCUUCUCUCUCUCGAACUAGAGCAAACCCAGAAUUCAAGACAAGAGAGAUGGAAGUGAGAAGCGAGCUAAAGCAGAAUAUUUACGAGAUUUUCAAAGACUUUAUGACGGGGAUCACAAAGCUUGAGGAACUAGAUAAUGCUACAAACAUCUUUCUUCUACGCUUUCAGCAAGGACUCUGCUUGCUCAAACGCUCUCCAAUACUCACUUCCUCCAAGUUGAUCGAGAACAUUCUCAAGAACAAUGAAACAAGACGGCUGAAAUCAUACGUAGAAGCAGGCUGUAUUAACAUCGAUGAUGCUGCACGAAGCACACGGGCUUUGCAUACAUCUCUAUCAGGACUUUCUGACCACCUAAUCAAAGCUCAAAGCUUGUUAUCUGACCUCGAGCGUCUCACUGAUGAUGCCGCCCUUGCAAUUGAGACUGCAACAAAGCUCUCCACACAACUGGAUGAAGAAUCAAGUGAUGAUUUGCGACAAGUGACGAGUGAAGAGAACGAAACUGUACCUUUUGCUCAAGAACCUGAAGUUACAGAGUACGCUACAAUUAUUGCAGUGGUUUACAGUAUGGUGAAGCAGAACUAUGUUAUGCAGGAAAAGAUUGUGAGAUCGCUUAGUUUGAAGACCUCAUUUGAUGAACUAGAUACUUACACUCUGAUGUGGUGAUUGCGUCCGUUUGUAGAAGACGAGAUUAUGAACAGAGCAUGGAAAUGUAUCUACUAAUACACACUUAUUCAAUCAGCCUGUCACUUAUUCAAUCAGUUUUGUUCGAUUAGUUUGUUACUUUGUUUCCCAUUUAUUGAAAAGAAAGCAAAUACAAGCUUUGUUCA